AUGGAUCAGGAGAUUAACAUUGAAGAAGUAGGCAAGACAGAGUGUGAAGUACAAAACAUCAGAGAACUCAACAGGAAGAUUGUGAAGAAGAAAAAUUUAAUUUUGUGUGUGAACAUAAGAAGUCUCAAUGCAAAUUUUGAAAAACUAGAAACAUUUGUAGAAAGCCAGUCUACCAUGGCUCCACUGCUGAGGAAGUUGGUAGCUUCGCAGGCAAGACGCUUGACGGAAAUCAGUGACUUGCGUAGUUGUUUGCUCGCUAAGCCCCCUGCAUCGCUCAACAAAAACAUCCUCCAGGCUCGAGUCGACGCUUUGAAGGAGGACUGGGAUGAGGCUCGGAGGACUCACUCGGAGAUCGUCGCCAGAGAUGACGCUGAGGCGGAUGCGUACGUCACCGAAGAUAACUUCGGGGAUCUGCAGGGGGCUUAUGAGGAGGCUCUCGAUGAAUUCUUGACGUUGCUGUCGCAGUUUGAGGUCGCUGAUCAGUCAACACUUCCUGGCGGAUUGCUGAAUAAUACUGCGUCAGAUGCUGGGUUCACGAAACUUCCCAAAAUUAAUCUUCCUUCGUUUUCAGGCAACUACGAAGAUUGGGCGAGUUUUAGGGAUAAUUUUAGGAACAUGGUGCAUGAUUUGCCUCGGAUUUCUGAUGCUACUCAGUUACAGUACUUGAAAAUGUGCUUGACCGGUAGCGCGGCUGAGUUAGUGAAGGAAAUUCCAACUACUAACGCUAACUAUACAAGCACAUGGAAGGCGUUAGAGCUUCGUUACCAUAAUCCGAGGCUCAUCAUCACCAGGUACUUGACGGUCUUUAUGGCUCUUCCACAUCUUAAGAAGGAAUCAGGUGAUGAGUUACGCUUUUUCAUUGAUGAGGCUACGCGUAUCGUUCGUGCUCUGGAGAAUUUGGCGAUGCCGAUAGAGCAGUGGGAUGUAUGGUUCGUUUUUCUCUUGUCUGAGCGCUUAGAUCCGGAGUCUCGUAGUCGAUGGGAGUCCUUGCUUAGCGAGAAGGAGCGAAAGAAGAUAGAGUCAGGAGCAGGUGUAGGGCAGAAGGUCACUGAGUCGUCGUACACUCCAGCGACAUUCCACGAGUUUAUCGAAUUCCUUGAAACUCGAGCUCAAACUCUUGGCGUGCUGGCUCAUCGACGUGGCGAGAACGAUCGGCUGCUCCGCUUAAAUCGAUUCAUCCUCGUAAGGUGUUCCACGCGAACUCUUCGCAGUAUCCUCUCUGUGCUGGUCCACACGCGCUGA